AUGGCCGUCGCAGACGCGGGACACCCUCAUCGCCACCAAUCCAAGGAUGGUCGUCGGUCAACUUGGACAGCCCCACUAACCUCUUCCUCCUCCUUAAACUUCAUUCCGACCGCGACAUCCUCACCCACUGAAAAAUCGGCUCCGUCUCCUGGCUGCUCCACCCCUAAAGCUCAGAGAUUUCGGAUACCGGAGAUCCUAACAUGCCCACCGGCACCAAAGAAGCGAAGAAUAGUGUCCAAUUGCUCACUCCAAAGAACCCCCAUAGCUUUCUUUGCUCCUCCAGAUAUAGAGCUCUUCUUUUUCUUCGCGCUUCGCGACGUGUCCAAUUGAUCAAUUUGUGUGUUCAUAGAGUAAGAAUAUCAUCAUUUCAGUUUUUUUUUAGCUUUGAUCUUAUGGAUUGUCCUUCUUCCAUUUGACAACUGAGAUAUAUAUAGUAGUGAGUGAGCAUUUGAGGUUCUGAGUGAUAAUAUUAGCAGCAGUUAGCUUUCUUUUUCAUGUGCUAGGUUUCUAGUGUGUAGGGUAUACUAAUAAGCUAAGUUUUAGCUGGGCUUGUCCAAGCUUUUUAUUUCUUUAUUUUAUUUUUAUUUUUUUUUUAAUUUCUUUUGUGUUUUGCUGACUUCUGGGGUUUGAAGAGUGCAAUAUAUAUUAUGGGUGUUUUUGAGGUUUUGUAUGUGUGUAAUUUUAGCUUGAAAUUACUAGUUUUUGCUUGUUAAGUCAACCUGAUCAGAAAGUAAAAGAAUAGACUUCUUUUUGUAUGCAUACAUGUCUUCUUCUUCUUAUGCUUCUUUUUUUCCUCUCUGUUUUUUUUCUUCCUAUGUUCAAACUUCUAAGUGAUUGCAUAUUAAUUUGUGAAAUUAAAUUUUACCAUCUUGCACCAAGGUACAUCCAAGCUGUCCAAUCCAACAAAUGGGUGAUUUUCUAUGUGGGUAUAUUCCAAUACCACUGAUGAUAUAG